AUGCCGGUCACUCACGGCGCCCGGGGAGCGAGCAAGCAGGAGGCCCCGUCGCUGUCCCUCGCCGAGGACGUGCUGUACGAGAUACCCCACCUAUGGGGCCUCCUGCCACCGGGCACCGCCAUCGCGCUCGCCGCCACGUCGUGGUCGGCGCUGCUGUCCUUCCUGCGGCACGGCAUGUACCGCCCGGACGACCAGCCCGUCCCGGCGCUCGAAGCGACGACCAACCUCCGCGGCGACCCCAUGUCGCGGCUCCCCACGCGGCCCAUCUUUUCUAUUUCUACCGUUUUCGACGGAGCGCUGCUGCCGGGGCUCGCAUCGCGCGUCGACGCGGGGUCGGAGUACCACGGCCGCAUCGAGGUCGCCGGCGCGCAGGUCCCCGUCGCGGACGCAGCGGCGCUGAACGCGGCAGCACGCGCCGCGAACGCAGCAGGCACCAACGACAACGGCCCGGACGCGCAGCUGGCGACGCUGAGGCGCGUGCUGGACGCGGCCACGGGCGAGCUGAGGCUGGUCAAGAUGAGCCUGCCGCGGCGGCGCGAUGCUCCGACCUUCGAUAACAUUUCAAAUGAAACGUUGAGUGACUACUGCGCGCUGCUGGGGAGCGACGCGCUCAGCCGCGUCGAGGAGCUGCACAUUCGCGACCUGCCCGUGGACGCCGCGCAAUUCGACAGGGUCCUCGGCGCUCUGCGGGAUCCGCGCGGCCUGCGCAAGCUGCAUGUUGGAGUGCUUGAGCCGCAGGUCAUGCACGGCGACGUCUGUCCUGUGGCUGACCUGGUCCGCCGAUCGCCUGGGCUGCAGCACCUCACUGUCCGUACGCCGAACAGGAGCUCGUGGCUUGAGGUGUCCAGCCUCACGGCGGACAUCACGCCGGACUUCGUCCCUCUGCUGCUGUCGAGUGCGCAACCGAGCGUCCUCGUGACGCUGAACCUCUCGGACACCGGCCUCACCGUCGCCGGUGUGCGGCACCUCACUGCGGCGCUCUCCACGUCGCACGUGCUGACUCACCUCAACGUUGGCCGAAACAACCUCGGCGUCGAGGGCGCUGUCGCGCUGUGCCCGCUCAUCGCGUCCAGCGCGUCGCUGGAGACGCUGGGGCUCCACAACUGUAGCAUCGGCGGCGACGGGGCGGCGGCGGUGUGCCGGGCGAUCAGCGGCAACGCGGCGGGGCGGAUCAAGCACCUGGACCUGGGCAGCAACACAGUGAGCGGGGGCGCACGGGCAAUGGGAGAGAUGCUGGCGGAGAGCAAGUCUCUGGUCCAGCUCAAUCUCUCGAACACAUGCAUCAACGACGAGGCGAUCGGCUACCUGAGCAACGGGCUGGUGCAGAACAACUCGCUGCGAGUGUUCCUUGUCGACGGAACCACUCAUCUCGAGUUCGCCAACGCCGACGGCUCGGGGCUGUCGGGUGCGGGGAUACUGCUGCUUGCACAAGCCGUGUCGCGCAACAAGACACUCGAAGUGCUGAGCCUGGAAGACAUCAACCGGUUUGACAGCGACGCGGCCCGGGCCGUGCAGACGCUGAUAUCGGGGUCGACCCUGCGGCGGCUCUUCGUGUCCGACGCCCUGCUGACUCGAUUGCACGCGUGGCAAGUCGAUGCUGCGGGAGGCUCUCUGCUUGAACUCGGAGUCGCGGGCAACCGCACCCUUGAGGUGCUGUCCAUCCGCAACCUGCAGCUGCGGGACGUGACGGCGCGCGCGCUCGCCGGGGGUCUGAGGAAGAACACGACACUCAAGGUCCUGCAAUUGAAAUGGUGCACGUGUUCCAAGGACGCGUGGGAGCAACUCGAGGGCGCGCUCUGCGCAAACACGGUGCUGGAGGGCCUGCACCUCGAAAUGUUUCGUAUCUUGAUUCGAGGCACCGACGUAGCAGACGACAACAUGGAGGACGGCCGCGAAUUCAGCAGCCAGGACCUGCUGCGUAUGCUGCAGGGAAAUCGCACGCUGAGGUGGGUGCAUCUAGGAUUUGACGACUGGGAGGAUGAGCCUGUCGUGUUCACGGAUUUCAGCGAGCUCCGCGCGUGCGUCCGCGAGCGGGGAGGCGGUUUCUCGUUCCUGGUGGACCGCCUGCCAGAAGACCCUGACACAGCUGUCUCCGAUGACUUGGCCGAGGCGGCACGGCUCGACGGGCUCCGCCUGGUGGAGAGCCGCUCGGAGCUCGUGUCGCACACGGAUCUCUGGUACGUCAAGGAGAACGCAGUGUUCGAGCCGACGUGGUGA